GUGUCAAUCUUCUUUGUGUGUCAGAGAGAAGAGUUUGAGUUAGUGUCAGACGCCAAAUUCAUUCCAUCUUAUGAAGUGAUCAUGGUGACGAUGAUGAUGUUGAUUUGAUGAUGAUUAUGAUGAACCUAUGAACCCCCCAUAACAAAUACUGAAGAUAAUAAUAAUAACUUUCAAAGUUGGAAGAAGAAGAAGAAGAAGAAGAAGCUACUUUCACUGUUACCACCAUGAAUUUACUUCACUUCAGAGCUUCUUCCACCAUUCAUCAUUCUUCCUCUCACCAUUUCCAACCUUCUAGACAUCUUCACUCUGAAGAAUUUUCAGUGUUCAAUUACACUGAUGAGGACGACGAUUCCCAAUCUCUUAUCCGUUGUCGCAUCUGUGAUCUUGAGCUUGAUUUUCCUACACCCAACUGCAAUUCGGAGACCUUCGAUCCAGCUAAUAUGGUUUGUCCUGUUUGUGAUGAAAAGUUGGGGGAGACUGCAGCAAGGAAAUUCAUCUCACUAAAGAAGUCGAAGUCUAGGAAAUCCAUUUUCAGCUCUGACGAAUCGUCUAUGCGUGACAAGAAACUUGCUGCCGGGGCUAACCAACAUGAACCAACACAUGGUUCAUUUUUCUCGUCAUUUGCUCAAAACCGGAGCAGUAGCCAUCGUCGUGUGGAUUCCACCAGCAAUGCCUCAGACAUUUCAUCCACAGAAAGCUCUGUGAUAGGUUCACCAGCAGUAACACCAGCUAUGACUGAUGAUGAGGAGAAUGUCGAAGAGAGAAGGUUGAGAGCAUCUUUUGCUCAAAAAUUAGUACUAUCAACUAUGAUCUAAGGAAAACAUGGUGCUAUCAAGUUGCUUGCACCUUCAGAUUAACUAAGGCACUUAGUUUUACUUUGAUGCAUUAGUUUUUAGUUAUAAUAUCAAUUUAUCAAGGAAUUUUGGUAGUCAGAAAAGGGUAGAAAAAUUGAUGGUUGCCCCUUUUUUUGAGGCUGUCAUUGAACUCUAAUUAUAUAUUUGCAUUUACAUAGGACUUUGUUUUGAAUUAUUAUUUCAUAAU